CAAAACAUCUUAUCUGAUAUAUUAAAAUAUUUUCUGAUAUAUUCAUACUGAUAAGUGCAAAUCGGAAGUUAUAAUUGAUUGAAGUGAAGAAGACAAAGUAGAGUAAACAAAUAUAUUAAUAAUAUAUAAAAAUAGAGCAUGUAGCAAAAAUGAGCGAAAAUAACACAGAACAUCAAGAUGAAACAUCUCAAUUAACUUCGACAAGCAAUGUUAAAACAAAACGCAACUGGUUCCAUUCUUUAACCAGACGCAAAAAGUCUCAAUCAGCUACAACCACGCCCACAUUGGAUAGUCCCGAACCACAACUACAAAAUAAUAAUAAUGAACCUGUACAAAAUACGACAGUUACAGAUGCUGUAAGCGCAACAACAGGAGCUUAUCGUAAAAAGAAAGAUAUUAAAAAUGUAUUUACACGCUUCCGUAAAACAAUUCAUUCUCGAUUUUAUUCACUACGUCGAGGUGAUAUGUCAUCAAAAGAUGAUGGAGGAGGAGGUGGUACAACGGAUGCUACGUAUGAAUUUGUGACACAAUCAUCAACUCAAGAGCCUCAUAUGGGAAUGUUGCUAUCAUUUAGUUUUUCUCGUGGCACUGGUUAUGAGGAACCCGAAAUGAUACCAUUUACACAUGACUAUAAGCAGUUUAUUGAAAAAAAGUGGCUUCAUGGUAAAUCAGGACCAAAUCGUGUUAUGUAUAAAGCUAGCUCUGAAAUGUUAAGUCAAGUCUGGUAUUGGGGUGAUAUCUCUCGCCGUGAUGCUCAACGACAAUUAACAGAUAAACCAACUGGCACUUUUCUUGUGCGUGAUUCUGAAACUAGUGAAUGUCAGUUCACUUUAAGUUUUCGUAUUGUCAACGUUACACUUCAUUACCGUUUGGAAUAUCGUGAUAAUUAUUGGCGUUUUGAAGAGCUUCAAUAUGAAUCACUAGUCGAAAUGAUAGAGGAUAUACUUUAUCGUUGCACAAAUGAUAACUUCGUUUGUUUUGUAAAGGUACCAAAUGAAAUGCAACCACCAUUUCCAGUUAUUUUAAAAUAUCCACUAAGUCGUUACUAUAAGAUGCCGUUAUUGCAAGAUUUGUGCCGCCGUGUAAUACAACGUAGUGCAUCAGUCGAAGAAAUUUCCAAUUUACCUAUACCGCCAAAACUACAAGAAUAUUUAAAGGAAAAACCUGAAUUAGUUUUUCAAAGUUAAAAAGUAAUGAAAAUAUUGCAACCAAAGAUUAAAUCAAAAGUGAAGUUUUUAUUAUUAAAGUAUGCUAUUUAAAUACUUUUCAUUUAGAAAUGAUAUUUUUUUAGUUAGUAAGCUAAAUCCGUUAAAAGUAAAUAGUACAAGUUUAGUGCAAUAAAAGACAGUUAUUUUGGCACUUAUUCCAAAAAAAAAAAAAACAACGUCUUAUAAAUUGAAACAAAUCACUAAUUUGUGUUAGACCAAAAUUACUAUUUCUUUUUAUUUAAUAUUUUUAAUUUGUCGGUAAAUUGUGUUAUUAAUAAGUGCAGUUAUUUUUCACAAAAUUACCUAUAAAUAACUAUGUUCACAGUAAAAUGCAAUAGCAUUUAUAAAAUAAUGAUUAAAAAAAGCAUUUUCAAUAGAGAUAUGCGCAACUAAUGAUAGCAAUGUAUUACAAAUAAGAUUGAAA